GCUCUUGGUCUCGUCUCUACACACACGCACUCGUCCACGCACACCAUACAUACUUCCUUAGACUGCGAGUCAGGCUUCAUGCAUGCUGCAUGUCAGGAGCCAAUCCGGAUACAGCAGGCUACAUCUAGCGGGUGGAUAGGUCGCUGAUGUGGCUGAAUGCCACCCACUAGAGGCGCUGUCUUUGUCCAGAAGGAGACGGCCUCCGGCUUAUGUGUAUACGUCUUACGGGAUCUCCAUCGAUAGGCUCUGGGUGGUGGCAGGAGCCCCCACGCUUCUGCACGGGAGACGGAUGAUGAAAGAUAUUGUCUUCGCAACGUCACCGCAUGCGGGAGGAUAGGCAUGUAUGUAAGGUGAUGGGCGUAUGCUGGACGACAGGACGCCGAGGCUGUGACUAGGAUUUGCCAGGGCCUCGACAACCGUUGCGCUAUUGCAGCCGGGCUCCUCUCGCCUACAUACAGGCAGUCAGCCACCCAUCGAUAGCCGUAGCUUGCCAUGGCUGUGGCCAUCCAUCCGCCCGCUCACUCAUUCGUCUUUCUCCCGCGGAAGUCUGGACUGAACAAAGACCAGGCGUUGAGAUUCCAGGGUUCUCUGUGCAGGCGACAGCUCAGCAGCACAGCAACUCAGCCAUGGCUCUGCAGGGAGGUAAUCCCGCAUGCUCGUCGUAGAAUCCAGCCAGGAAGGAAGGCCGUGAAAAAAGUGGCGAGGUGUGACACAGACAGGCGAGCUUCAAUUAGUAACGACAAUUUCUUACAACCGAGCUGGGAGGGAUGCCCGUGGCUCGGAAGCCUCUCCAGAGAACGAGCGGGUCUGGACGACGGGGCCCGUCACGGCGUACCCUUGCCGGAGUACUCCGUUCCUAGGACGAGUCCCAAUCAUCUCCUGGAUUCGUUCAGUUCUCGAGGGACUCGAGGUUCUCUAAAUGGUCGCUUCGGGGGUUGUCUGGCACAACGUGGAGGGAAGCAGUGCAGAGGCGCUGCCGUGGCUCUGCAACCCCAAGUUACAGGUUGCAGCCGAAUGAUUCUGAUGGCUGAACCUAAGGUUUACUCUUGUCCCUUUCUGACCAUCGGGGCCUCCCAUCCCCGUACGGAGUCGAUAGAUAGAAAGCGGCCAGGGUGUCCGGGCGGGCCCCCGACUCAAUCCUUUUGUUCCUCUGCGCCACAGCCUCUGGUCUCUAGGUUGGGGUGGAGAGGGCUCGAUCCUCGCAUUCCGCCAUCCGACCCAAUGGUGGGAUUAGCCUGUCUGGCUAUCUCGGACUAGGCGAAGAGCGAAUGUUCCUCAGGGUUAGGGGCAGACCGAAGGAACGGGAAACGCGAGAUGGACAGACAGAUGGAGAACAGAUGGCUGGGAUUGAUAGGAUGAAGGGGAUCCUACGAUGCCUUGGGCUGGUGGAGCACAGCAUGGCUU